AUGGGGCUGCUGCUGAUUGGGCCAGUGUCCCUGGCAGCAUCCUCAGCAGUGCCCCAGCCAAUGACCUUGGCACAGCUCCAGUCAAUGACAUACACCUUGUCGUUUUUGAUGCACACAUUCCCUGCCGAAAUGUCCCUGUGCAGGAUACCAGUGUCAUUUGCCUGGGAAAGACAUAGGGUCAGCUGCUCGACAAAGCCAGAAACCAGCUCGUCUUUCUGAUCGUCGGCCUUGUCUUUCAGAUACUUGGCUAUUGGCU